AUGUUGAGAAGACAAGCUAGAGAAAGAAGGGAGUAUUUAUUCCGAAAGGCUUUAGAGCUUCAGGAGGCUCAGAAAACUCAAAGGAGAGAACAACUGAAACAGGCUCUAGCAACUGGUAAACCCCUUGCAAAGGAGGUUGCCGAUGACACACAACUUCACAAAGAUUUUGCUUAUGAUGAAUCAAUCCAAGAUGAGGUCGAUGACGAAUACAGUGCACUCAGCGGAGUCAUUGAUCCUAAAGUUGUCGUUACCACUUCAAGGGAUCCAAGUAGUAAGUUACAGCAAUUUAGCAAGGAAAUACGGCUUUUGUUCCCCACUUCUGUUCGGAUAAAUAGAGGUAACUACGUGAUGCCUAAUCUGGUGGAAAGCUGCAAAGGAUCUGCAGUUAACGAUCUUGUUGUGCUUCAUGAGCACAGAGGUGUCCCAACAACACUGACUAUCUCCCAUUUACCUCAUGGACCUACAGCUAUUUUUACCCUCCACAACGUUGUAUUGAGGCAUGACAUCAACGACACUAGUAACCAAAGUGAGGCAUAUCCACAUUUAAUCUUUGAAAACUUUUCUAGCAAGCUAGGUAAACGUGUUGAAACUGUCCUAAAGCAUUUAUUCCCACCAGGGGUCAAGAAAGAUAGCCCUCGUGUGAUCUCAUUCAUAAAUAAGGACGAUUUCAUCAGCGUCAGACAACAUGUUUACGUGAGGACUAGAGAUGGAGUUGAGCUCAGCGAAGUUGGUCCACGUUUUGAAAUGCGACUGUUCGAGUUGAGACUCGGUACGUUAGACAACAAAGAUGCGGAUACUGAAUGGCAAUUACGUCGUUUCGUCCGAACAGCCAACAGGAAAAACUAUCUUGCCGAUUAG